AUGGUGACUGACUUCCACAGGAAGGUGCCACACAUCACACCGGUGAACAUCCAGGGUCGGGACAUGGAGAGCAUGGAGGAGUACAGAUACCGACUGAGCUCUGAGAGGGACAGGAAGAGACUGGACAAACUGGUCAGGAGAGCUGGCUCUGUCUCCGACUGCCCUCUGGACACCAUCGAGGACGUGGGACAGAGAAGGAUGUUAGCCAAGCUGACAUCAAUCAUCGAAAACCCAUCCCACCCCCUGCAUGAGACGUACGGCUUCAUCAACAGCUGCUUCCAGUCCCUGGUGAUAGAGAGGUUUGGCCAGGAGACUUGGGACAAGCUGAGCUCUGUAGCAGGUGUACAGGGCACCUUCAUGACUUAUGGGGUUUAUGAUGACAUCCUGACCCUCCGGCUGGUGCAGGAGGCCUGUUCGAUGCUCGAUGUCUCCUCUGAGGUGGUUCUGAAGCUGUUUGGAGAGCAUUUCUUCACUUUCUGUAAACAGGCGGGUUACGACACUAUGCUGAAAACGCUGGGAGGAAACCUCACUGAAUUCAUUGAGAACCUGGAUGCACUACACAGUUAUCUAGCAUUAUCUUACCAGGAGAUGAAUGCACCGUCAUUUCGGGUAGAGAAGACUGAAGAUGGGAACAUGCUGCUUCACUACUAUUCUGACAGAAAGGGCCUGUAUCAUAUUGUACCUGGCAUUAUGGAGGCAGUUGCCAGGGAGCUUUUCAAUAGCAAGGUGACUAUGGUGGUCCUCAAACAGUCAGAGGAGGACGAGCGGACGGGAAAGAAGGAGCACGUUGUCUUUCUGGUCCUACAGUCUGACCAAGCAGGCAGCACCAGACAGCAGGACCAUGCCAGACAUAGUAGGGAGGUAACACUGAGGAGGAUGAGGGAGAGGUGUGUGUCUCUUGCUGGCAGGAGGAGUGGCUGGGACCUUGUGAGGACAGUGGUCCUCCUGGGAAAAGGCAGCCGCCAGUGCACCUUCUCUCCAUGCUACCCUGACAAGUUGUGGAUGGAGGAGGAAACGUUCUGCGAUGCUUUCCCCUUCCAUAUUGUCUUUGAUGAAGAUCUGAAGGUGAAGCAGACAGGGGUAAAAAUUCAGAAGUUCAUUCCAGGUCUGCAGACCGGAGACACUAGACUGGACAAAUACUUCACUAUCACACACCCACAGGUGACCUUUACCAUUGAGAGCAUCAGGAAAUUCAUCAACAGUCAGUUUGUCCUGAAGAGCCACCGAGACAAAGACACCACCCUCAAACUACGGGGUCAGAUGUUGUGGAUGGGGUCUCUACGCUGCAUGUUGUUCCUGUGUUCUCCGAAGCUGCGGAGCCUACAGGAGCUGCAGGAUGGAGGCCUCAACCUGGCCGACUUGGCCCACCAUGACGCCACCAGAGACCUGGUUCUGCUCAACCAACAGCGCCUGGCUGAGAUGGAACUCACCAACCAGUUGGAGAGGAAGAAGGAGGAAUUGAGGAUCCUAUCAUGUCACCUAGAGGCGGAGAAGAAGAAGACGGAGGCUCUACUGUACGCCAUGCUGCCUCGCCAUGUAGCCAAUCAGCUCAAAGAGGGAAAGACAGUAGAGGCAGGGGAGUUUGAAGUGUGUAAUAUAUUGUUCAGUGAUGUGGUGACCUUCACAAAUAUCUGUGCUGCCUGUGAGCCCAUUCACAUAGUCCACAUGCUCAACUCUAUGUACUCCAAGUUUGACCGGCUCACCAAUGUACAUGAUGUAUACAAGGUUGAGACUAUUGGCGAUGCCUAUAUGGUGGUGGGUGGAGUUCCAGUCCCAAGAGAAAGCCAUGCCUGUAGAGUGGCAAACUUUGCCUUGGGAAUGAGGACAGCUGCCAGGGAGGUCACCAAUCCUGUUACCGACAAACCCAUACAGAUCCGUGUAGGCAUUCAUACAGGUCCAGUGUUAGCAGGGGUGGUGGGACAGAAGAUGCCUCGUUACUGCCUGUUUGGAGACACUGUUAAUACUGCCUCCAGGAUGGAGAGUCAUGGAGUCCCUGACCACAUUCAGCUCAGCCCAACCACAUAUAGCGUGUUGAUGGAUACAGGUUUUGAUCUACGGGAGCGUGGGCAGAUUGAUGUGAAGGGCAAAGGUCAAAUGACCACCUACUUCCUGUUUGGGAACUUACGGGCGUCAGAGGAGAUUAUCAUGGGAAGGGCGGCUGGAGGGAGCUGUCUGUACAACGAUGACCUGCAGAGUGAGAAGGAGAAAGAGUCAGCUCAGCCACGCCUCACCAAGACUGAUGGCAGGAAAGACGCACCUUCAGAUAGAGGAAUGACCCAUGAACCCAGACGUCCUGACACAGCCACCCCCUAUGCCUGGGACAUCACCCAGCCGUACCACACACUGAGCAGCUCCAACCAGCCAGCAAGCCAUCCCAACACCAGACUCUGUGCCCUGCUGUGA